AUGACUCAAGAUUUAACGAGUUUGAGUUCUGGGUUUGAGAACUACAGAACCCUAGGUGAUGAAAGAGAAAUAAAUGUUGAUUCUUUGGGUGUCGGGAAUUGGUGUGUCAAGAAACGGGUUGAGUCUUUGACGAAGCGAGUAAUAUCCAGUUUGGUAUCGAGAAUUGGGCAAAUCGACCACAGAGGGGAAGAACUGGAAGGUGGCUUUAGGGAUUUCUGUAGAGAAAAUUCAGAGAAGCCAACAAAGGACGAGUCUAUUGUGAGACACGUUGGUGGGUCUUACGGUAGUUGUGGAAACAGAGAAUUUGGGUUGUCAUAG